UUUCUUCUCUACGAUUAGUAUAGUUUUAGUCGAGAGUACGAGACGCGCGUGGAGUGGUUGGCACUGUCGGAGACAGUCCUAUUAAAUAAUUGGUGACAUGUUGACCACUCUCUCGCUCGUGUAUUUUGCCGUGCUACUUGUCGGUUCUUCAAGUGAAAUCAUUAAAUGCUGCCCAAAAGGAUACAGUUUCGGAAGGACUUUGAACUGCGUGAUAUCCGUAUACAGCAACAGCGAAUUCAUCUUGAACGAGGCGAACUAUGGCAAUCAAACGGACUUCAAUACCACCAGCUGCUAUCGAAGUGGCGAAAGCGUGAACGACAUACAAGCUGCUGACUUGGAAUAUUCCCGAAACCUAACGGAAGUGGAUAUGUGCAUGGAUGUCGAUGAUCGCAACGGUACGGUCUACGUGAAGUCAUGCCCAGUGGAUUGGAGAGAGCGGCCGAAGAGAUGCGACGGUGUUUUCACUCCCAUAUUCCCCUGGGGUGCGAGUAUAGUGAUUGGCGCGUAUUUAAUUCACGGCAUUCCUUUCGUCAUCGUCGUCGUUCUGUGCAUCCUCGACCCCGAACUUCGCAAUCGCGCCUACGACAAAGCCGUACUAAGCUGUUGUAUCUGCCAAGUUUGCAUCGCGGUAGUUUUAUCUGUAAUGGGAUAUUUCUUUUUAUGUUACGAGCUCCUGAGACCAACUUGGUUGUACAUAGUGUUCGGGUUGAUGCUGCAGUUCACAACGAUAGGUGCCGUCGGUUGGUUGAACGUCAUAUGCUUGGAAAUGACCUUGGCCAUCACCAGAUUGAGGUGGAGACACGGCAACGACAUGACAGGGUCUGUGGAAGCCCGGAAGUCCUUUAAGUAUGCGGCCUAUGUAUGGGGCUCCAGUUCCGUGUUUACUGCCAUCACCUGCUUCAUUGAACUCUGUCCAUGGAUACCAACAACGUCAGUGCUGAAGCCGAAUUUCGAGAGCGUCUACGACGGGGUGAAUUAUAAAGUGAUCUUUUACGUUGGCUUGGCACCUGUGAUCACCUUCAUCCUUAACAAUGUUCUCUUCAUCUACACUACGUACAAGGUCAUCAAUAUCCGAAAAUCAACCGUCGUCGCAAGUGAAAACAACAGGAAGACGAAAAAGAAGUACUUCAUGUACUUGAGGCUGUACCUCGUGAUGGAUGCUCCGUCGAUUAUCGGAGUCAUAUCAUCAAUCUAUCCUGAGAUCUGGGUUCUAAAGUUUAUCAGAAUGAUCCAGCCGAUAUCAAUGCUCCUUGCCAUAUUACCGCAGAAAAAGUUCUGCCGAGCAUUGCGAUGCUCCCCCGCUGAAAAACCUGCUGUUGUCUCACAGAAAAGAAAUAUCAAGGGCGAAACGUCGUGUUGAAAUUUUAUACCCUGAAGAUUCAUUUACAUGCGAUUUUUAUUAAUUUUCUUCAUUUUUCACAUUUUUUUGUGUUGGUUGGUUCUUUUUCCCGGUGCGUCAGAGGAAUUCUUUAAACAUUCGCUGAUGACUAAAUAAAUGCCCAAAAACACUGAAAGGUAUUGUCGAGGACAAAACAUUUGGCAUGCACACGCAGUGCAAUAAAACCAUCCAUCAAAUAUUAUCUGUUUUGGGUAGGGUGUCGCAAUAUUAGAAAAGGUUAUCUUUGUAUAUAUGUUUCAAGUACGAUAAUUUUUACCUGCAACUAUGAGAAAAGUCGUAGUGGAUGUAACUCAGCCGUUGCACUGGACCCAGAGGGCAGGGGUAGUUCAGGGCGGAUAAAAAGGCCCAAAAUAAUAUCUAUAUAUACUUGAAACUUCCCCAUUGGCCUAACUUCUGUAUAGAUGAAAGAAGCCAAUCUGGAGGAAUGGUAGAAAACCGCAUGCUAAAUAAUGAACUCAGAAGAGAGUUGCAUUAUGCACAAUCAAGACUGUUCUUCAAAACCUUCUGAUCGAGGCAAUUGAUCGAGAACCUUUUAAGCAGUCAGUUCAAAACCAUUAUGAGAACAAAGUGGUUCAUAAAAUCUCUUAGAAUUAAGACAGGUAAAAUAACUGAAGAAAUUCCGUACUUCUCUUUUAUUUGAAUAUCAUCAUUUUAA